ACGGCCCACUUGCAACAAACUUCACACUAUACGAAAACCUUUGCAAAUAAAUUGCAAAGCUCCAUGAAAGCUAAGCUAAGCUUAAUGAUGGCCUAAAACCCAAAUUGCUUGAAUUCUUUUUGAUUCGUAUAUCUUUUGUUCUCACUUGCAAGUUGCAAAUACAAUCAAAAUUCCAUUAUUUUCUUCUUAUUAUCUCUUGCCUUAUUAGUCAUUAGCCUCCUAAGGAAAUACUUUUUUCUUUUACUAGCUAAGCCUUAGCCUGACUUCCUUUUCACUCUGAUGGCUUCCUCUUCCUCACCUAUUUGAUAGAGACAAAAAACUCAGAUCUUGUUGAGAAGUGCGUUUUGAAUGAAGAAUCCUGAAAUGGGUUCUGGGAUUUGGCAAAUGGGUUUGUGUUUCUGGUUGUGUUUGUUUGGAAUCAGCUUCAUUUCUGCGAGUUCACAGUCUGUGAAUAAUGGGGAUGGGACUGUUGAAGGGACGGUUUUUAUUGAUGGAAAAGCCGCCAUUGGAAAGAUUGAUGAUGAUUUUAUAUGUGCAACUUUGGACUGGUGGCCUCCUGAGAAAUGUGACUAUGGAACAUGCAGCUGGGGUCGAGCUUCUCUUCUCAAUUUGGAUUUAAACAACAAUAUUUUCCUAAAUGCAAUAAAAGCUUUUUCGCCAUUGAAGAUUAGAUUGGGAGGUACUUUGCAAGACAAGGUCAUUUAUGAAACAGAGAAUAGCAAACAACCCUGUACUCAGUUUGUGAAGAACACAUCAGAAAUGUUUGGUUUCACUCAGGGUUGCCUACCCUUGCACAGAUGGGAUGAGUUGAACUCGUUCUUCAAGAAAUCUGGGGCUAAGAUUAUUUUUGGAUUAAAUGCUCUUAAUGGGAGAUCUAUACAAUCUGAUGGUUCUGCAACUGGUGCUUGGGACCACUCAAAUGCUGAAUCUCUCAUCCGUUAUACUGUCCAAAAGAACUACUUAAUUCAUGGUUGGGAGCUAGGGAAUGAAUUGUGUGGGAGUGGAGUAGGAACAAGAGUUGCAGCAGACCAGUAUGCCUCUGACACAAUUUCUCUGAAAAACAUAGUGCAAGAUAUCUACAAAGGAAUUGAACCAAAGCCACUGAUUAUUGCACCUGGUGGAUUUUUCGAUGCAAACUGGUUCAAGGAAUUUGUCACUAAAACUACAAAAUCUGUAGAUGUGGUCACCCACCAUAUUUACAAUCUGGGACCAGGGGUUGAUGAGCACCUCAUUGAGAAGAUUCUAAAUCCUUCCUAUCUUGAUGGCGAGUCUGAUACAUUUAGCAACCUCCGUGACAUCCUCAAGAGUUCUCCGACUUCAGCGACUGCUUGGGUUGGGGAGGCUGGAGGGGCUUACAACAGUGGCCGUAAUCUUGUUACCAAUGCAUUUGUAUUUAGUUUCUGGUACUUGGAUCAAUUGGGUAUGGCGUCUGUUUAUGAUACCAAAACCUACUGCAGACAAUCGUUGAUCGGCGGAAACUACGGUUUGCUUAACACUGCUAACUUUGUGCCGAAUCCAGAUUAUUACAGUGCUCUUCUUUGGCACCGAUUAAUGGGUAAACAUGUACUGUCGACAAGUUUUUCUGGAACAAAGAAGAUACGUGCUUAUGCUCAUUGUGCAAAACAAUCAAAAGGGAUAACAGUACUGCUAAUCAACCUUGAGAAUAGUACCACCAUUCAAGCCAAACUUGCCUUCAGUAGUACCUGGUCUUUUCGACAUAAACACCACAGAUAUCAUAAAUCGAAGUCAAUUAAGCUGCCUCAAAGUUUAAAUGGUGUAACAAGAGAAGAAUAUCAUCUAACUGCAAAAGAUGGUAAUUUACACAGCCAAACCAUGCUUCUCAAUGGCAACAUUUUGAAUGUAAAUUCAUCUGGAGACAUACCUGCCUUGGAGCCUUUACAUGUAAAUUCUUCAGAACCAGUAGUUAUUGGUCCCUACUCUAUUGUAUUUGCUCACUUACCAUAUGUUGUACCACCUGCCUGUCGGUAGGCCGUGCUGUGGAAGUGUAAAUGGUUCCAUAUAGUGAUUGAUGAAAUAAGAAAUAGAAUGCAAUUCAAAUGUAUUAGUCAUUUUUCUCAA